AUGAACCUCUGGUCGCCAGAUCGCCAGAUCGCCAAAUCACCUCCGCCACCUGUCACCAUUUUGCAUUCCACGAAACCCCCGGUCCUGGCGCUCAAACCCCCCAUAAUCACGGGUACCUACACAGAUCACCGAAGGUGGAUGGAGACGUAUCACGGCCACGUUCGCACCCCCGCGGACGCUAUUAUCCUGUUCGAAGCCUGUCGCAUCGGCCUGCUCCCGCGCGUCCAGCGACGAUUGUCCGAGAAAGAGCGCCAGCUGAUCCGCUCCGGGUCAGUGUUUGUCUGGGAUGAACGGGAAGCGGGCAUGCGAAGAUGGACCGACGGCAAGUCAUGGAGUGCCAGCCGGGUGUCGGGCAGCUUCUUAACGUAUCGCGAGAUGGAGGGCAAGCGCGGAGGAACGGGCGUAUCCCAGUCGUCCAUGUCAAGAGCGGGCAAGACUCCGGAAAGCACACGAGGGAGUGAUGAUGACCGGGCGGACGGGGCGGACGAGGGACCGGACGGCUACCGGUAUAAGCCCGACGGUUUGAUGAAGCAAUCAUUCAGUAUCACGACCUCCGCCGGACAGCACCUCCACCUCAUCAGCUACUACUCCAGAUCGCAUCCGUCGGCUGCCAAUCUUCAACAACCGUCAACGGAUCCCAACCUGCGACAUGUGCGCCCUCAAAAGGGCCUCUAUCCGGAGUCCACCGUCAAUGACCAGCAAAACCUUCCAGUGGUAACCCGCGGACCCAUGCCUGGAGCUGCCUACCCUUCCCAUGCGAUGGCGCCAUAUGGACGUACCCCGAUCACGCACCCGACACCCUACACCCCGUCCUACCCAUGGCCUCCGACGCCGCUUGCCACGCCACCUGUCCCAGCACAUCACUACCCAUCCUAUCUCCCGCCAGUUCCCGCCGCCAAUGGCCAGGUCCCAUAUGGACAUCAAGCCGCCGUACCACCGGGGACGCCCUUGCCGCCCCCGCAACCGGGCUUGCCGAUGCCCCACGAGCGGCCGGUGCAUACAGCCGAAGUCACGAUGCCUCUCCAGCCCGCCGCCGUGCAGGUGCUUGCCAGAUCGCCACGGGUGCCCCCAGGAAGUGGGAGUGGAAGUGGAAGCCACGAGCUCCUUCACCGCCCGAGUCCGCCGGAGCUUGGGCCGCCUGGAGAGCUGCUCAGGAUGUCGCCGCGCACGCAGCCUCAUGUCGUGUCGCACGGCAAUGGCAUUGGACCGAUGGUGCGCAGUCCGCGACUGCUCAGCCAACCGCCGUCGAAUGGUAUCCACAUCCCCCCUCCGAGCGCGAUGGCACCCAAGCCUCUGGAGGCCAGCAGUGCCGGCGGUACAACGGUGCCCAGCAUUGGUUUGCUGAUGAACGGCGCCGCGUCUGGCUCGCUACCGGCGAUCGCCGCACCCCCAGCCCCGGCCGCAGGACGCGCCGAGGGACCCCGGGAUAUCCCCAGCGACAAGAUCGGAUUCGGCGGCGAAGACAUGCGGGCGCUUCGGCAAUUAGACCGAGUGUUCACGGCAUAA